AUAACGUUCAGACAGUAAUUACAAAAAAAACGAAUUUGUCAUUUAUUUUGUUACAAAAAAAAAUAAAACAGUUUAAAAAAAAAAAAAAAAAAGUUUUUCAUUCUCUGAUUAUUUAUAAUUUUUUUUUUUAAAUUAAUUAUAAUGAUUAAUUAUAAAUUAGUCAUUUUUAUUUACUUUCAAGUGCUUACUAAUUUUAUUGCCUCACAUAGAAUUAGUAAACGUCAUGCUGAUGAUAAUUAUAAUUUGGAGAGAAAAUUUGAAAUUUUACAAGAUUAUAAAUUAGAGCGUUAUGUUUUUCCGGAAGUAAUACCAAAUUCUGAGAGUGAAAUAAAUAAUUUUGAUGAAUUAAAUUCGACUAUUGUUUAUCGUCUUAAAAAAAAUCCUUUUUUGAAUAUUAAUAAUAAUAAUAAUGAUGAUAUCAAAGGUAUCAUUUUACUACGUCAAGGUUUUGAGUGUCGUUUGAAUAAUUGUUGCGUUAACAAAUUGCAGAUGGCUGUUGCGUAUUUACUUGUCGACCAAGGUUAUGAUAUAUGGCUGGGUAUUGAUAAUAAAAGUAAUAAAAAUUUAAUGAUGGAUGAAUUAAUAGAAAAUGAUAAUACAUAUAAAGUAGCUCAAUUUAUUUUACUAUCGACUGGUCAAUCGGAAUUGAUUGUCAUGGACAAUAAUAAUAAAUCCAAUAAUAUUUAUGAAAUUUCUUCCAAUAUUAUUAAUACAGAUAAUGACUCAAGAAUAUCCAAAUGGUGGAACGGAGUAAAGAGUUGGGUCGUAAAUGUUUAUCGCACUGGAAAAAAUUAUGUAACAAGUAGUUACGAAGCAAGGGUUAAUGAUAUAAAUGAAAUCGGUGAGAAAGUCGAUCAUAUACUGGAAAAUAAAGCAAUCGACGGUGUAAAGCAAAAAAUAUUAAAUGCCUAUGGAAUAUUUUCUUCGAUGUUGCCAACGUUGAAAAUUGAUAUUUUUUCAAAAUUAACUAAUGAUCCGGAUACUUAUUUGAGUACGGCACAACUGAUUAAAAAAUAUGGCUACAAUGUCGAGACCCAUACAGUCAUAACAAAAGAUGGCUAUGUAUUGACAUUGCAUCGGAUAAGUGGAGGUAAAAAAUACCCGCCGAAGGCUGGUAAACCGGUGGUCUAUCUUCAGCAUGGACUUUUAUCUGAUUCUGCUAGUUGGGUCCUUACUGGACCUUCACAUGGCUUAGGUUACAUACUGUCUGAUGAAAAAUACGAUGUAUGGAUGGGUAAUUCCCGUGGCACGACACAGUCACGCGCACACGUUAAUUUAACAACUGACGAUCCUCUAUUUUGGAAUUUUUCAUUCAAUGAAAUCGGACUUUAUGAUUUGCCAGCAAUAAUUGACUAUAUAUUAAACGAAACUGGUGAAAAAAAAUUAAAUUACAUUGGACAUUCACAGGGCACUAGCAUAUUGUUUGUUUUACUAUCCGAACGUCCUGAAUAUAAUGAUAAAAUAAAUAAAUUUAUUGCUUACGCCCCCAUUGCUUAUGUCGGAAACGUUCAAAGUCCCAUUAUAAGGGCCCUCGCUCCAGCCGAAAAAAGAACUGCGAAAUUAAUGAACUACUUCGAAAUAAACGAAUUACUGUCUGCCAACUCUCUGUUAACGAAAUUUGUCCGCGGACUCUGUGAAGCCAGGACUUUUUAUCGUAUUAUUUGCACCAAUGCCUUCUUUUUAUUGAACGGAUACGACUUAGACCAAAUUAAUAAAACUACGAUACCAGUUCUUUUGGCGCAUUUACCAGCAGGUGGUUCAACCAAACAAAUAGUUCAUUACGCCCAAGAAAUAAAUUCGAAAAAAUUCAGAAAAUUUGAUUACAAUCCUGAAGAAAAUAUCAAAAUGUACGGGCAAAUAGAGCCACCAGAAUAUAAAUUAUGCAACACAAAAAUUCCCGUGGCAUUAAUGUACGGUCCAAAUGAUCUAAUCUCUGUACCAACGGAUGUGAGCCGAUUGUCGCAUAAAUUAACGAAUUUACAGUUAAAUUACACAAUCCCUUACCCGCAAUUCAAUCAUUUAGAUUUUACAUUUGCUAUGAAUGCUCCUGAAUUAGUAUAUCGUCCUACAUUAGAUUUUUUAAAAUCCGAUUAAAUUAAUUUCACAACAAGAAGCCGUUACUAUAUUGUUAUUAUAAAAUAACUUUAUAAGAUUAUCUAGAGUUACAUAUUAUAACUACUGAAAGCAAUUACUAGAGUAAAUGAACCAUUGAUAUUCAAUAAAUUGAUUCUACAUAGCAUAUUUAUGAUCAUAUAUAGUCAUCUGAGCACAUAUAUGAACAUGUAUGAUCAUCUGAGUAUCUAUAUGAACAUAUAUGGGCAUUUGAAUAUCAAUAUGAUCAUAUAUGGUCUUGCAAGCACAUAUAUGAUCAUACAUAGUUUUGUAAACACAUAUAUGAUUAUAUAUGGUCAAGCGAGCAUAUAUAUGAUCAUAUAUGAUCAAGCGAGCACAUAUAUGAACAUAUAUGAUCAUCUAAGUAUUUAUAUGAACAUAUAUGGUCCUGCAAGCACAUAUCUGAUCAUACAUAAUUUUGUAAGCACAUAUAUGAUUAUAUAUGGUCAAGCGAGCACAUAUAUGAACAUGUAUGAUCAUCUAAGUAUUUAUAUGAACAUAUAUGGUCAUGCAAGCACAUAUAUGAUCAUAUAUAGUCAUGAAAGCACAUAUAUGGUCAUGUAAGUAUCUAUAUGAUCAUAUAUGAUCAUGUGAACAUAUUUCUGAUCAUAGAUCAUAUAUGGCCAUAUAAAUGUAUAUAUAUAUAUAUAUAUAUAUAUAUAUAUAUAUAUAUAUAUAUAUAUCUGUUUGUUUGUGGUCAUAUAACGCAUUAAUGAUUCUAUAUCAUAUAUCAUCAUAUAUAAUUAUAUCUGAUCAUAUUUUUUUUUCAAACUUUAGAUAUUUAGUAUAUUUUUUUUUAUUCCUUUCACAGUCAAUAGAUGAUUCGAUAAAAAUACCCGAUAUCUCACCUUUUUUUUUUCUUAUUUAAUAUAUUAAAUUCCGUAAAUAUUAAAUUUUUAAAUUAUUUUGUCAUACAUAUUAUAUUUGGGAUUUACUUAAUAUUCAUCCCAAUUCAAAUGAAAAAAAAAUUUUAUCAUUCAAAUAUCAUUAUAUAGAUAUGUCUAUAUGGUAUUAAUGGUACCUGCGCUUGCGUAACUUCCCCCGUAAUAUGCCGGAGCCACCCUGUCAGUGUAUUGCAAAAUUUUGCUCUGAUCACAUCUGCUCUCUCGUUCGAUUUAUCCCCUUAUUGUAUAUCUGGACCAGUCUAUUUCAUCAACAUUAUCUAUAUCAAUUAUCCAAUAAUUAUCCACGCCCUUACUCAAAUCAACAAAUCUAAUCUAAAUAAGUAUAUAAAUUACUGAAUAAAUAUAUAAAGAGUUUAAAUUUUUGAAUAGUAAUAAAUAAAUUGUUUUUUUUUUUUUUUUCAUUUCUUUGUGUCGUAAUAAAUGAUUGAUUUAUUGUAUACUGCAAGUAAUAAAAGCAAAAAAAAUUAUUGAAUAAAUA